GGCGAGGCGAUCGAUUCAUAAAGCUUCCCGCGCUGCUACGUCACGCGUAGUCACUGAGAGCGUACGAUCCAGCGAUACGAUUCACAAUUUCACACGAUACGUUUGACGCCGGUCGGUAAUAUCGGAAGGAAGCAGCUCUAUCGCAUAGGAAGUGUCUGUCGUUGUAGGAGCCUGUGAAAGUGAAAAGAUAACCUCAGUCAUCAUGAGUAGGAGUAUGAAUUCUGGUAUGAAGACCUUUGGCUUCGGACUCCGGGCAAUGAAAAAACAUCCAGAGAUCAUUCCGGUAACUGUGAUCCUUGGAAUUGCCUGCACUGGAGCCAUUGCCUAUCCAAUCUAUAGCCUGUUCUUCAAGACUGAUGUUACUAUCGAUGGUGGACGUACAGCUCGGUGGGAUUCUGUCAACCCAGAAAAACCACAGAAGUUCCUUACGUUUGGACAAGAGUACAAGAGCAAUCCAGAGGUGGAGAAGCUUCGUGCAGAAAUUGCUUAACUCCAUUUUAACUUAAACUAUAUAAUGGCAAUUAUAAGUGCUGCCUUCUUUUAUUUUGAUCAAAAUUGCUGCACCAGCGUUAUUGAAUUUAUCACUGACUCAUAAAGUCUUUAAAGCUUUUAAAUUUCUAUCAGACAGCAGCUCGAGAAUUACACAGGUAGAACAUAAAUUAACAAAGUAUGUAACAGACAUAUAUCCAGGUUCUAUAUUCCAAGAUCUAGUCUGUGUCCACGUGGAAGACUUUGUGGAGAUGACCUUAUAGAAGCAGACCUGUACAUAAGACACAUGCACGUAUUUAUUUUACUAAUAUAUGGGGCCAUCGUUUGGUUGUUAUAUACCUUAUUUUGUAUAUCUAACCAAGCAUUGUAUAAUAAGAUACUGCAUCGCUGUAACAGUACGUUUAUUUUACCAGUAUAUAUCCCCAUCUUUUGGUUAUUAUAUAUGUUUCACUCAAUCCAGCUACAUUAGGGUGUUACAGAAAGAAAUAUCUUCAUGGGUGUAUUUGCUGUUAACAGGACUGGUACUAACAAACUACAAACCGUAGAUUUAAAAAGUAAGAAAAGUAGGGGAUGCCUAGGAGUCUAUUAGUAUUACCGGUAGCUAAUGUGUGGCUACUUUUACAUGUUGAGAUAUCCCAAGAUAAUGUAAAAGUAUUUACAUUUUUUUACUUUGACGUCUACCUCUGAAACAAGAAGCAAGUGCAAGAAUACGCCAGGAAAACGACUAUAAACGACUACAAUAAAAAUAUAAAAACCGAUAAAAAUAAGCAAAAUAGGUUAAACGACUCAUUAAAGAAGCGCCUGUUUUAAAUUAUAAUAUGCAAAGAUCUUGAAUUACCAACUAAUUAAGUGUGAUCGUCAGACAUUCAUGAUUAGUGCUAGCACGUAGCUUGUGAUACGACAGUCUGGUGCAGCCGCCUUCGUAUUUGCCCUCGGCCACUUGGCUUCUCCGAGUCUACUAGCUGUCACGUUUCUGUGUUCGCAAACAUCUCAUUGAGAAUCGUGUAUGUAAUCUAUGUAUCAUACAUGUAUCAUUUUAUAAGAACGUUUGUCGAUGAUGAUCGAACGCUUAUUGUAACUACGUAAUUUAUACUGUGUCAUACACAAUCUAUAUAUCAUCUAUUUAUUGGUGCUGUGAGAUUCCCGUGUAUCGCACGCAAAUAAAGUGGUUCGGCAACGUAUAAGCCACGAAAAUUAUGAAAA